GCGUCUGCUUUGUGAGAUCUGACGGCGCGUUUUUGGGGACGACAUGAACGACAUGGAUUCUGAUGAAGACUUGCAGCGUGGAGCGGUGGAGUGGCUGCAGAUUAUUGAAGAAGGCGGUCGCCGUCUGCAAGAGGUCGUGGAUAUUCUGCUUGCGAGCCAGGGGGGUCAGUUAGGGACUGUAGGGGGGACGGUUUCACUGGCGCCAUGGCUGGAGGACAAGAUGAAGGCCAUGCUCGAUGUUAUUUGGGAAUUGGAGGAGGGGCCGGCUCCUCCACUCGACGAGUUUGUGGAUUGGCAUCGAGCUGGCCUGCUUAUGCAUGGAUGCUACGACAUCUUCAGGAUAGGGCAGGAUCGUUGGGCUACUCUGAAGGAAGGAUUGCUGCGCUGCUCCGACGGAUUAACGCCGACAUCGCCAGUGACAACAAUUGAGGAGAUCAGCGGCAACAACAGCUUCUACAUUGACAUCGAAUGGGACGACAACGACAGCAACGACAUCAUCAACAGAGGCAACAAUGGCCUCAACAUCAAUAACGAGUGCGAUGAUAAGGACAACAAUGACAUCAACAGUUGUGGGGAUGGUAAUAACACCAACGAUGAUGCCAACAAAAACAACAACAACGACAACAAUCAGUUUGAAGAUAUCAAUAGUAUCGAAGAUAUCAAUUACAAUUUUUUUGAGGCAACGAACGAUAACUGUGGACAUAAAUUCGACAAGAAAGAGAUCGACGACAAUAACGGUGCUACUGGGAUUGCCGGCGUCGCUGACAAUGAUAGCGCCGAUAAUAUUCACAGCAACGAUAGCCAUGGAUAUGGCGAUGAGGUGAAGGAGGAUAUGGAGAUUACCGCGGAUGCAGUGGGGCGUUCAGAACAGCUGUUUGGCAGCGGAUGGGCGUGGGGUAGUUCGUGGUGUGUGGACUUGCCCGGUCUGCAAUUCCACUCAGGAAGGGGUGGUGGUAGUUCCUCAGGUGGUAGGGGGAUUGGUUAGGGUUUCCGCUGUCUUCCUGGUAUGUGAUGGAUGAUUGCUAUACCGUGUAGGAUGUUUGUUUUCCAGACUGCUUGAUGUGUAUUCCCCCCCGGCUGUGUGUGUUGUUGAAUGGUUUACGCUUCGACGGAUGGGAGGAGCAGGAUGGGGUAGCGAAGGUAUGGUUUAUGAGCAGUAAAUCCCCUCCUCGGAGGGCAAUCAAUGCUGCUCAUCAUC